AUGGCCGACAGCGGCGGCACCGGCAGCUCCGGCCCCUGGUGGAAAUCCCUCGCCAACAGCAGGAAGAAGAGCAAGGAAGGCACGGUGGGGGCGCAGCCUCCGGCCCAGCCCGCCUCCGGGGAACCCGCGCCGCCCACCCCGGACUGGACUAGCAGUUCCCGAGAGAACCAGCACCCCAACCUCCCCGGGGGCGCCGGCGAGCCCCCCAAGCCAGACAAGUUGUGCGGGGAGAAGUCGGGCAACAGCCGUCGCAAUUUGAAGAUCUCGCGCUCGGGCCGCUUUAAGGAGAAGAGGAAAGUGCGCGCCACGCUGCUCCCGGAGGGAGGCAAGUCCCCAGAGGAGGCGGGUGCCCUUGGUGAUCCCCACGAGGACAAGCAAUAG